AGUUAGUUUAGUAUUGUUUGGACUCGUGCAUUGUGUGGAAAAGGUAGUGAAUUGAAUAGGUGUUGUUAUUCUAUGAUGAUGGUCGGUUCAUUCUGGUUUUGGCCAUAAAAUCGAAUCCUGGUGGUUAUCCUAUACUCGUAUAUAUACCCGACUAUCUGAAAAACUUUCCGUAUUUAAUACGAGGCAAGUCAACUGCUAAAGUGCAUCUCAUUCGGCACAAUAUUCGGUCAGAGUCAAGAUCAUCUCAAUUCACACCAACGCAACUCGCAGCAGCUUAGCUACCACCACCAUCACAUUUCGUCAUCACAGUAGAGCUUCGAUCGUCUCGUCACAUGGUGAUUUUUUGGUGAAAAUUGGAAAUUUCCAAGGGAAACGGUCUCAUAUUUUGAAAACUUUCGUUUCCGGUGUGUACUCGGGAAGAAGAAAAUCUCUUCGUCAGGAUGAAUUUCGAGUUGAUUUGUUCCCAACUUUGUAAAGGGUUUAGAUAGUUAGAAAUCCUAGGAUUUUCUAAAAAAAACUUUCUCUCCUCCUCUCUCUCUCUGUUAUCUUCAUUCAUACGUACGAGACCUUAUCUUCAUCUUAUCUAUCAUUUCAUCGUCGUCAUUUCAAUAUGAAGUGUUACGUCACCUUUUUUGUCGAAGAACUUGUCACGAUUUGAAAUUGUUCACGGUUAAAUAAAAACUUCUCGAGGUUGGGACACGGACAAGAGGGGAUAGAACAUCGAAGCUAUAAAAGAACGAGAUAUUGAUAAAGACCACCGAUAUCAUUAACUUCCACUGGUGAUGGAUUACUCAGGGAAAGACGAUGACGAUCGAUCCCUGCCCAUGUCGAAAUGGAUGCGUCGAGUGGAUCGAGUUGAUUUCGAUUGUGCUUCUUCACCUCCGUCGGAUGGAUUUUUCUAUGCAACAAAUACCGGCAGGACGACAGGAUUGAAACACUCGGCCUCUGAAAAUGGGUGCGACGUGAAAACGGCAAACGACAAAAACAACAUUCCCAAAACUAACCUUGCUGCUGAUGAAUGUGCAUCUACUGAACGUAGCGGAUUUUUGAAAUCUUUCGCCCCUGGAAAUUAUUCUUCAUCUAACGAAAUCCCAACCGGAACUGUUGACACGAAGAAUAAACUUCUCAACAUGAAUGCAACCGAGUUGGAGAGGUGGGCAAAGGAUAACAUUCGCGGUGAGGGAACCAUGGGAGGGAUGACGACCCACUCGCCGCACGACACUGCCCCCACGCCAAUCGAUCAUCUACCCCAAUUCCAGCCGAGGACAGGAGGUGUCCCAUCUAUUACCAAGACGGACAGUAGUGGUGGUCCGAUGCGACUGGUGGACAAGUUUUCGUCAGCACUGACGACACCUGAUGUUACGCCAUGUUCGACACCAAGUAUAACACCGGUCUCUUCUCCACAUAUACCUCGUCGAACGGGUAUUAACCCAUUCUUCACUGGUGAGCACACCAGCACCAAUAAAAAGGAGGAUGGAAACUGGUUAUUUCGACCAAACACUAUCAAGGACAGCAAUAUGAUGUACGAAGCCAAAGUUGAGAUCCAAUCCGGACAAGGACCGCCAGGAGGAUCAAAGAAUAUCCGAUACGUUCCAAAACCAUCGAAACUCCGUGAGCUAAAUUUCUUCUCGCCGACAUCCAUGUAACAAGGAUCCAAUCCACACUUUAAUCAAGAUGAACUAACAAACUUAGACCUCCAUCCUUCUACUAAAUACAUAUGUACCUCCUACUUUUCUCCUCUCAAAUCUCCUGUACUACUUAAAAAUGUUACGUUCCAUUUCCCAAACUCAUUUAAUUGUUGGUUAUUUAAAUGCUGCCUACAUAGCGUUGUUAUAUCUAAAUAUAUUAUGAUUCGCAUGAUUAUCAUUUGUUGUACGUAUGAUUCUGUUGCUUUUUUGAUAUGCUUGUUUUUUCGAAUGAGUCCAUUACAAUAUUUUUGGGUUGUCGUGUUUUUUUUUCGUUACGAGAUUACUAAUUAAACGUACGAUUAUGUAAGCUUUUCCUACACCUGAGAGUUGCUGAGCGCCCGUACACACACGUUAUAAUUUAAAUUUUAUUAUGGAACAUUUUCACCCCGUAAAUAAAACCAUGUUAAGUAUGACAAAGUAAAAAUUA